AUGCAGGGAGAACAAGGCAAGCCGGGCGCUACGGGCCAGACGGGCCCCCCAGGACCUGUGGGCCCCCCGGGGCUGCCCGGCCUGAGAGGGGACUCGGGACCCAAAGGAGAGAAGGGCCACCCCGGUCUGAUUGGUCUGAUCGGACCCCCGGACCCCCGGGGGGAGAAAGGAGACCGGGGCCUGCCUGGCCCACAGGGCUCCCUGGGGCCGAAGGGAGAGAACGGGAUCCCUGGUGCGACUGGCCCCAUUGGUCCUGCUGGCCCCCCGGGACUUCCCGGCCCAGAAGGUCCCAAGGGAGCGAAGGGAGCCACAGGACAAGCCGGCCCCAAGGGCGAGCGAGGUGUCCCUGGCUCCCCCGGACACCCGGGCCCCCCCGGGGAGGUGAUCCAGCCCCUGCCCAUCCAGCUGCCCAAGAAGAGCAAGCGUUCGAUCGACGCCAGCCAGCUGGUGGGCGAGCAGGGGGAGGAGAUGGCGGCGGACGAGGCCCACGGCCCCACGGGCAGUGUGGACGCCAUCUUCGGCUCCCUCACCUCCCUCCUUCACCCCAAAUCCAACCCCUCACACAGGGUCAAGAUGUCUGCGUGGGAGGGGGAGACGCCAUUGCACUGGUUCAGCCAGUUCCGGGAAGGCAGCAAGGCGGGGGCCCACCAGCGCGCCCUCCGCCUGCGGGGCGCCAAUGAGGAGGACAUGAGUUUCGACAACAGCCCCUACAUCAAGGCUCUCACGGACGGCUGCGCGCUGCGGAAGGGCCCGGACCGGACGGUGCUGGAGGUGAACACUCCCCGGGUGGAGCAGCUCCCCCUGCUGGACGUCCGCGUCACGGACUUUGGCGAGCCCAACCAGAAGUUUGGGUUCGAGGUGGGACCCGUCUGUUUCCUGGGCUAGGACCGAAGCCCUGAGAGUCCUGCCCUGGUCCCUGGGGGACCGUCCCAGCCUGGCCCGGGCCCCACCACUCCCAAGCAGCAACGCUACGGGACUUACCUCCCCGAGGGACAGACGGACACACCACGACCAGCCACAGCCACUGAGACCGCCACGCCCGCUGCCACCUCUAGCGGGGCCCAGGGCCCAGAGAGAGACCCCAAAGGGACGUCACCGUCCAGAGCCCAUCUGUAUUGUAAUGUGUAGGGAGAGAGGACAGUUACGCCAAUGCCUGGCUGGAUACCUCAGAGCCCCACACCUCCCCUCCCAUGCUCCUCCAGCCAGAGCUCCCAGAGUGCCCCAGCCACACCCUCCACG